AAAAGAAAAAAAAAAGAAAUUUAUUCAAAUAGAACAAUAAUCAUUUUUUUUUUUUUUUUAGGGUUUGGUAUAAGUUAAACUCUGGAUUCUUCCCUAGGUUAUGCAGUUUUACCUACAGGAUCUGGUAGAUUUCAAUUCCAGGGUAUUGAUAUUACUUAGGACAUGGAGCAAUUGUACCUCUGUUCAGAUCGCUUCGAGUGCCGAGCUUUUUCAUUUCAGGAAGUCCUUGAUUGGCGGUUCCUCAUCCGUGGAGAUUUUCUUCUUGUUUCUUUUGUCAAUUUCACUUAGUCAACAGCUUCUAUUGAAUAAUCAGUACAGGAGGCCAGAUGCGAAUUCUCUAUAAGCUAGGUGUUGGAUGUUUCGUUCAAUUCCGCAAGUAAGCUGCACACCCUGUUAUGAUGUCAGUUGUUACUGUACUGUUAACUACCUCGGCAAGUCUACUGUUGCUAGUUCAUCACCAGUACAACACCAAAUCGGGGUCCUUUGGAACCUACCUCUGAGGACUAAAUUCAGCCGAUGUUUCCAUGCAUCGUUGAGAGUUAGAUUGCAUUUUACACACUUUUGUUGUAGUCUCUAGGAACCUUCAUCAGGAUUCAGUUAACUGAAGUAUCGGUAUCAGAUUAGAGCAUAUUUGAAGCAAGGAGCUGGUGACUUUUGAGGAACACUUUCAACUGGAUGUUGAGCUGAUAAUUCAUCCUGUUGAAUUGGGCUUGUUUCGGGUCUCAGUUAGUUGUGAAGUGAGAUCAAAAUGCUCUUCAGCAUCUAUGUUUCCUUGCUUUCUCUGCCUUGUUAUGAUAGUGGAUUUGUUGAUGCGGUAUAUUUGAUGAAUAAGGCUGUGAAGCCCAUCCACCUUAUCACCACUGGUUUUGCCCUUGUGUGUGCUGCAGCAGAACACUAACGGUUGAUUUUGCUGAAUCAGCCAGGCUACUAAUUCCUAUUUAGUAAUUCUCUUUUCCAGUCGACUAGUGAAGAGGAACAACUCCACGUUGUUUUUAUUGUCUCUAAAUAUCCAAUAAAUAGGCGUCCUUUGUGCUAUUGAAACAGCAGAAAAAUGGAGAGGUACAAGAUAAUUAAGGAUGUUGGUAAUGGUACAUUCGGGAGUGUGUGGCGAGCUCUGAAUAAACAGACUGGUGAAGUGGUUGCAAUUAAGAAAAUGAAGAAGAAGUAUUAUUCAUGGGAAGAAUGCAUUAAUUUGAGAGAAGUCAAGUCACUGAGGAAAAUGAGCCAUCCAAAUAUCGUUAAACUCAAGGAAGUGAUUAGGGAGACUGACAUUUUGUACUUUGUUUUCGAAUACAUGGAGUGCAACUUAUAUCACCUUAUGAAGGAUAGGCCUAAGCUUUUCUUAGAAUCGGAAGUGAGAAAUUGGUGCUUCCAAAUAUUUCAAGGUCUUGCAUACAUGCAUCAACGUGGAUAUUUUCAUCGCGACCUUAAGCCAGAGAACUUGUUGGUUUCAAAAGAUACAAUAAAAAUUGCUGAUUUCGGUCUUGCUCGGGAGAUCAAUUCUCAGCCCCCAUAUACGGAAUAUGUCUCAACACGCUGGUAUCGUGCCCCUGAAGUUCUUCUACAAUCACCAAUAUAUGGUCCAGCUGUCGAUAUGUGGGCAAUGGGUGCAAUAAUGGCUGAGUUAUUAUCUCUUCGUCCUCUAUUCCCGGGUUCAAGUGAAGCAGAUGAGAUUUACAAAAUAUGCAGUGUUAUUGGUACUCCAUCAAAGAGUGAAUGGGCUCAUGGGCACGAACUUGCUAGUGCUAUCAACUACCAGUUUCCACAGAUUGCUGGUGUAAAUCUUUCUUCGUUACUCCCAUCUGCCAGUGCGGAUGCAAUUAAUCUAAUCACUUCGCUAUGUUCGUGGGAUCCUUCCAAGAGACCAACAGCGGUCGAAGUUCUUCAGCAUCGUUUCUUCCAGAGUUGCUUUUAUGUACCUCCAUCACUUCGCUCUAAGACUGCUGUUCCUAGGACGCCUCCAUCUGCUGGAAUGAAGGGUGCCACAGAGCAAAAAACCAACAGGUGGUCUUCAAGUACUUUAACCAACCCAAAGCCUAGAAGCAACUUCUCUCCCGUCAAGUCGCAAUUUAGCCCAGGUGUCCAAAGGAAGUUGCAAAUGAAUUAUCAGGAUGCAACGAGGAAUGAUAAAUCCCUGAAAGGCCCUAUUAAACAACAACCAGCAAAAUAUCGUCCUCCUGUAAGGAAUGUCCCUGUGGUUGGUUCUGCGGUGAAGACUCGUGUCUCUGAUGCUACUGAGAAGCUUGCCAACAUGACCAUCGGCUCUGGUAGAUCAUCUAUAAAGCAGCCAACAUUCCCUCAACCUAUGAAGGCAGGAGGAUUACACGGGCAGCGUGACUUGUACCUGGGACGAUCUCAAGACAUUUUGCCUGGAAGAAGCUAUUCAAGGAAAGUCGCUGGAUAAAGAAACAUCGUAUCUGGAGUGUGUUUUCUAGUGUUAUGGUGCUCUAAUAAUAUUGUUGUGUGCCUGUUUGGUGAGAGUAGUGGUUAUGUACGUUGCCAGUUUGUGUUUCCUUUCUGUUACACAGUAAAAUGUUGGGUACUCGUUAAGUAAAUGUUGUGGUUGUGUUUGAAACAGUUUUCUCUGACUAGUAUUUGCUAUAAAUAAAUGGUGUGAUGGUGUUUUGAAUAGUC